CGAACAUUCCCUCGAGCCUCGGGCUCCAGCGCCGCGGGGCUCCUGAGGGCUGAGGGCCCAGGCUGAGGGCUGAGGACUGAGGGCGAGUGCUGAAGGCUGAGGAUUGAGGGCGAGGGCUGAAGGCUGAAGGCCGAGGAUUGAGGGCGAGGGCUGAAGGCUGAAGGCUGAGGAUUGAGGGCGAGGGCUGAAGAAGUAGUACCUCACUGCAGAGCUAUUAAACCACCGGAAAAAAAAUGUCAGAAAGUUGCGGGCAGGAGCGGACAAGGUGGAUAACGACGGUCAUUAUAAGCACAGCACUGCAGGAUCAUGAAAUUUCUGCAGUUCUGCAGAGGCAACAACACCGAGUUCGUUAUUCAGAAUCAGUGGAAACUGGAUCUGUGAUAUUUCCUCUUUCUGGCAUUGCAUUUAUACUGUCAGACACACAAGACUUGCUUAGGACAGGGGAAGAAGAGUUUUCCAAAACGAUUCAGAAGUUCAUAAACAUUCAUCGGAACAGCUUUUUGGUUUUGUCAGCUGCUCUUCAUGGACCAGAAGAAUGGAGUGUCAUGUUCAGGAUUCAGAGAAGAUUCCUGGGCAGCAAUUUACGUGUAAUACCAGUUCAUAAUCCUGCCGAAACUGUUAAAUUAAUGCUAGCUAUGGCUAAGAUAACUUCCAAGCCACAAGCAGAUGAUACUCGUUGCAAAAUGGAAAUGACAAAAGCCCAAAUAAUAGAAAAAAGUCCAGUUUGGAAGAUGCUUCAGGAGUAUCAAUCGGACUGUAAUUAAGUU